CUGCGCGGGGAGUUUAAAGCUGCGAGAGUGUUUCAUGCUGUGUUUAUAAAUGUAAUCAUCAUUUGGAUGUUUGGCGAGUCCUUCAGCAGAUGUUUGUGUGUGCAACUCGAGUGUGAAGCAGCAGCAGCAUGUCAACAAAGAGUCUGGCGAAAUGUGUGCUGUGUGUCAGAGAGCUGGGUCUGAUCAGGAAGCGCAGUCAUUCAUCUGGAGCUCAUCAGCGUCCGUCUGUCUGCAAGCAGCGCUUCUCUUUCCUGAUCAUCAUUGACUUUGAGUCCACCUGCUGGAGAGAGAAGAGCAGCUGCGGCCAGGAGAUCAUUGAGUUUCCGGCCGUCCUGCUGAACGUGUCGAACGGAGAAGUGGAGUCAGAGUUCCACUCGUACGUCCAGCCACAGGAACACCCUGUACUGUCAGCCUUCUGCACGGAGCUCACCGGCAUCACACAGGAUCAGGUGGACUCCGCCCCUCCCCUCCACAUCUGUCUGUCCAGAUUCACUCGCUGGCUGAACAGUCUCCAGCAGGAGAGGGGCGUGGUCUUUGAGACGGACAGCACAGGCCCCGCCCCCUCCGGACACCCCUGUGCGUUUGUCACAUGGUCAGACUGGGAUCUGGGAGUCUGUCUGCUGUACGAGUGCAAAUGGAAGCAGCUGAGUGUUCCUGAAGCUCUGAAGAGCUGGAUCGACCUGCGAGUCACUUACAGGCUCUUCUAUAACCGGAAGCCCAAAGGUCUGAGAGGAGCUCUGCUGGACCUCGGCAUCCAGUUCACAGGAAGAGAGCACUCAGGUCUGGUGGACGCGAGGAACACGGCUCUGCUGGCGUGGAGGAUGGUGUCUGACGGCUGUCUGCUGACUGUGACCAAGUCUCUGAGGAGGGCGCUGGUGAAGUCCAGACCUCCGCGUGGAAGCGUCUCUGGUGAGCGUCCCUCAGCGCUGAGUGAGCGACCCGAGCGUAACGAGCAGCAGACGAGUGUGUGUCGAUCGCUCGUGUCGCCGCGCACCGUCCUCUGUAGCACAAACACUCCGCUGUGUGCCGGCGCGUCCAGACCGCUCGGGAAUCUCAGCACACUGGCCGGGCUCUCGGACAUGACCUACGACCCCGAGACUCCAGACGCCUGCUGGCGAGACGGAGUCCUGCUGACCGAGGGGGAGGAGCCUGGCUCCUGUGAUGAUGUGCUCGUGGGGGCGGAGCCUGAGGAGCCUGAUCCCGCAGGACCCAACAAAACCUGGUCAGACCACUACAAACCUGCCAGACCAGCGUCCAGCUCUGCCUGCACACCGCUCCGGCGCACAGACCCGUACAGGCCGCUCUCGCGCUUCUUAGGACGCAGCGGCGCGUCGUUCAGUGUUUAUACAGACCCGCCCCGCACUGUGAGCCUCGCGUCUAAGAUCACGUCUCCUCUGUGCGGCUGCGGCCGGAGGGCCAGGCGUCUGACGGUGGGGAACGGCGGGCCGAACCACGGCCGUGGGUUCUACAGCUGCCCCGUCAGACGACAGAGCUGCGGCUUCUUCAAGUGGGAGUCUGGAUUACUGCAGUCCAGCAAACAGAACCGCAUCAGAACACCACAGACCUGCAGCUCUAGACCCCUCCGGUGAACACGGGCUGCAUCGUGUCUUUAGAUUUGAACAAACCUGUUGAAGAAUUCAUUUAUUAUAAAGAAAACACUUUUUAAAAGUAUUUUUAGAAAUUGUGUCAGGGACAUCUGCAAGCUUAAGCUUAACAUUUCUACAUCCAUUCUUCUGUUUUUGUGAGAGAAUCAACACCUGAUAUGAUCUCAGAAGAGCACACUGCUCAUUAAAGACAUGACAGCAAGCAUGCAUGUCCAUAUUCAGACUUCAGAUGAUAUGUGUUUAGUUAUCAGAUACGUCUCUUUAUUCUGCAUUAUAGCAUCAUGAUUAUGAUCUCAUGAAUUGUGUCUUUGUGAUUUUAACAAACCUGUAAAAUAAUAUUUAUAAUAAA